AUGACCAAGACCGUCCGCAACUCCGCGGCAGCUGCAGAGGCCUCAUUCCACAAGCACUACGCAGCGAUUUGGGGCGCGGAGAGAUGGCACAACUCAUUGUAUCCAGCGCUUGCUGAGCGAACGAGGCAAGCUGCGUUGGUGAACCAGUACGCGCCGAGAGCAGCGUUUGAAGCAAGCAUCGAAGAAGCAUGUGGGCUUCAACAGCUCGAGCAGAUCUCCUUUCCCUCUUCUUCUUCUCCUACAGCAGAUUCACAGCCUUCGGAUAGGAUAGUAUGCUUUGCGCGUACAAGGUCUACUGACGAUGGGAGCGGAACGCCUGCCGCCGCCACUCAGCACGCAGCGAUACCACAACCGCAGUAUUCAGGAUCUUCUGGCACAUCGCAGCGUCUGAUGACCCAUUGGAAUCUCGAUGCAGCCUCUGCCCUAGUAGCACACCUCCUUGAUGUCAAGCCCGGCGAUAAUGUCUUAGACCUCUGCGCAGCACCUGGUGGAAAGUCUGUUGCACUUUUGCAAAGCAUGUGGCCGCAACUGCACGCAGACAAGCCGUUGACCACUACUACUGCGAAAGCAGGACAUCUCCGCUCCAACGAGUUUGACAAAGCACGCUUCAGGCGUCUUGCAGACAACCUAAGAGCCUACCUGCCUGGAGAACUGCUUGCCUUAAAGCACGUGGCAAGUCUUAACGUCGACAGCACAGGACCUUUUGCCCCACAGCAACUCUCGGUCGGGUCUGCUGGAUACGACAAGGUGCUUGUAGAUGCUCCAUGCUCGUCCGAGCGGCAUAUUAUACACGCACAUCUGGCAGCAAAAGCAGGAGGGCGGGUUGCCCCAGAAAUGACGUCCUGGCGACCCGGUUCAUCUAAGCAACUCGCAAAGACACAGCAUGAUCUGCUCAUGACUGGGCUGCGAUGUGUGAGACUAGGUGGGAGUGUGCUCUAUGCUACUUGCUCGAUUGAGCCCACGGAGAACGAUGGGGUGAUUGGAAAAGUGCUUGCGAGCUUGGAAAAGGAAGUCAAGAAGGGCGGGAAGUGGGCUGUGAAAGUUGGUUUCAACGAAGGAGCGGGCGAUGUAGGGUUGGAAGAGUCGUUAGAGAGGAUCUGGGCGGAGCGGACGAAGUAUGGCUGGAUUGUACUACCUGACCAUCCGGAUGGGGGCAAAUGGGGACCACUGUUCUUUGCUAUGCUUACGAAAGUUGAAGUCGCGCGGUAG